AUGGCGAGAACUAAGCAUACGUCGCGUAAAAGUAUUGGGGGAAAGCAAAACCACUCACUGGGUGGAAAGACCCUUCCAUACAGCGUCAUCCAUGGUGACAGACCUGGACCAGUGCCGGUCAGCUCAUCAGCGAUGCAAAAAUACAAAAAGGUCCCUCUCGCUGUCAAGUCUGCACGUGUUGGGGCCCAUAAGUCUACGACAAAAAGGACCAGAGGCACCAAUGGCGCGUACAUGAAAUUUCAGCAACCCCGCAAGUUCAGGGCACCCAAUGGCACCGUAGCGCUGCGAGAGAUCCGCCACCACCAGGCAAAUGGCGGUCGUUUGAUCCCAAAGGGGCCGUUCCAACGACUUGUUCGCGAGUGUACAGCUGAGUUCAAAAAUGACAUUCGUUUCCGUCCAGAGGCCCUCGAAGCGAUCCAAUUAGCUGCAGAGGCGUACUCGGUCGAUCUUCUGGAGCAGGCUCAAUUGGCGGCGUUGCAUGCGAAACGCACUACCAUCAAGCCGGCAGAUUUAGCACUUGUUCGAAGGCUCCGAGGAGAGGCCCUCUUCGAUGAUUGA